AUGCGCGACAUUCGNAAAGAUGUUCCGGUUCAAGUGGCCAAGGUGUAUGAAAUCCAGAAAUGCGAUCCCAACCCUUGCACUCAGCCACCCGUUUCGCCCAAACCCCACUGUCUUCAAAAACCCGUGACUAAGUGCAUGACUAUCCACGAUCCAACGGUGGAAUGUGCAACGAAAGCGGAUUGCCAACGGAUCCCCGUGGAAUCUUGCCGGAUGAAACAACCCGGUUGCUUGGAGACCAAGUGUCGUCGGUAUCCCCAAUUACAUUGUCAGUUUCUCCCACAUCAAGUGUGUCCAGAACAGCCUCAGAAGUGCAUAUCCAGACCGGUUCGGGAGUGCCGUAAAGUGCCUUGUAAAUGUUCCCAGGUGUUUCGACGGGAAUGUCAAAGAGUGUUGAAAGACCAUUGUCGGCACCCUGGACGGGUCAAAGCCUGUUCGACACCCUGUUCUAUUAGAUAUGUCUGCCCUAUGUGCAAAUCCAACACUAAUCUGCAUUCUACUGACGAAAUAUAAGAGCUCCACUUUUUGAUA